AUGCUGAGCAACCGCAUGUUCCAUUCUUUAAAGAUGCAGCGCAGCGAUAGGCGAAACUGGCAGACGUGUCGUGGACACGGGCGGCACAGCGGGUUCAAGGCCUUGGAAGAUGUCGCCAAUUCGGCCUUUUCAAGCCGAUCUGCAGGUCCGGGCCCCAGAAAUGGGGAUCUUCGCGUUUCCAAGCCCUUGGAUCCAGCAGCAUGGCGUCGACCUGUCAGCUCUGCUGAGGCGGAGUGGUGUGACCCUUCGGAAUGUCCACAGUGGCCGCCGAGACUUCCAUUUGCAGCAGGCUUUUCAUGGGAGUUCAGCUCGAAUUGGCACUUUGUCCGAAGAAACGCCAGGCCGUCAAACGUUGAGUAG